AUUGACUGCUUAGGUCAGAAGAGAUACUAGGUCAUUUUGCUUUAGCGCGAUGGUGGAGGGGGUUUUGUGGAAUUAUGCCGAUUCUUUGUAUUAACGUUAUUGAGGCGCGUUUGGAAAGCUCGGAUUCAUCUCUGAAUACGUAUAUUAGUGUCAAAUUAAGACAGGCACAUUCAUCUACUCAACCAGUCAAAGGGACUACACCGAAAUGGAACGAAGAAUUUACAUUCGAAACAGAUCGUAUGGAUGGCGGCCUCCUGAUAGAACUACAAUCUAAAGGUUUAUUAUGGGACAAGCUGCUCGGAGUUGUUUGGCUACCUCUAAAUAAAAUUCUACACUCCAAUAAGGAUGGUCCAGGAAUGUGGAUGAAUUUUGAUGCUGAAGUUAUCACUCAGAAUGGACAAGUAAUUGGAACAAAAACACCCACUAAACACUCAUGUUUAGCCACUGUUAGAUUUGAAACGCCCAGUGAUCCACAUCUUGAGAAAAUUUAUGAAAAACGAAAGUUACCAAAUCUGUUACCUAAUGGUAAUAUGCGGAACUCUGGUGUACAAAAAGGCACAGUGAGUGCAUUUCCCAGUCAUUUGGAUGAAUUCAACCCAAAUCAAUCUUUGGAUUCGAGGAAUAGAUUUUCUAUACAGUACUGUCCACUGAGUGAUUCUGAAAGUAGACAACCUAAUCUUCAUUAUGAUGAUUAUAUGAAACAGUCUUCCCGACACUAUCGAUCCACCAAUUACUUGAUCCCUAAUCAUGAUAGACUCCCUUCGAAUCAUCCAGAUUUUAUGUUGGGUCCACCUACUCGACAUAAACAGUUUACAACCGACGACUCUGAUGCUCAAUCAUUGGAAACUAUAAAAAAUUAUCAACAUUUUUCCCCUACCAGACAACAUGGUUCACGCGAACAACUUCCAUUGUAUAACGAUAGUGAAUUCGAUUCUGGUUCAGAACCGUUGUAUUAUAAUAGUCGACCGUAUAUUUCAGUGAAUACAAAUAGACCAUUUUCUCAUCGUCAGUAUACUGGUGAUUAUGAAUGGGAUGAUGAGCAGAUUUUUCUCGAUUCCAAUCAUGUAGAUAUUGAUAAUGGAGCCUACUGGCGUAAUCAUAACUCAGACAAUAAUCAUUUCACAUCAGAUGCAGAAUAUUCAGAUGACAACCAACAGAAGCACCACCAGUACUCACAUUGUUCAGAGCGAAAUGGAUAUCGUGUUGACUGGCUUGAUGAUUUAUCAGGAUCUGAAUACAGCCGUCCUGAAGGAGAUCUAAUGGGCAAUAGUAAUUAUGAAAAUCUUCAUCCUCAGCAAUCUUUUCCAACAAAUACUACUCAAUAUCUACCUAGGUAUUGUUAUCCUGGUCGUUCAGAUGACGAAGAAUAUUUAUAUCCGCCCCCAGUUAAAGAACCAAGUCCAUUAUACUCUGAUUGUGGACCAUAUUCAGAUGUAGAGGAACCUGAUUGGGACCCCAAUUAUAUUGGCUAUCGUCAAGGCGGCGAUUCCAUACCAUGGAUAGAUGAACAACAGUAUAGGUAUGGUCAACGUCGCCGACGAUCUCGUUUCAGUCCACAAACUAGUCGCUGUUAUAGACGAGGGUUUCCCCGUUCUCUGUAUUCUCACCCGACAUAUGGAAUUUCACCUUCUGAGGCUUAUUGUGAUGGUAAAAAAUAUUAUCGUACGAAAUAUGAGACUGAAUUUCAUGGAGAUAUUAGUGAUAUGCCCUCAAACUAUUGUUGUUCCUGUGACUCAGAUUAUGAAGUGGAUACAAAAAUUAUAUGUUUCGAUCAGACACAACAUUACAGUCCAGUUGGUGUAAAUUAUCAGCUAGAAGCUUCAAGUCCAAGUAUUGGCAAGCCUUCAUUAGCCUUAAGUCGAUCAAGCUCGCCAUCUCGUAUGUAUAGUCCUAAUCUAUGUAUCAAAAUUAUUAGUCCAGAGUCAGUAAAAAAUGACUUCCGUGCAUCUGCUGAAGCUGCCGUCGCUCAACAUUUGCCUCCCGGUGAACAUCCUGCUGAUUUGCACUUUGUGAAUGUCACUCCAAUUCCCGUUACAUCUCCAUUAGUACCUCCCAGUUUUCCUUCUAACCAAAUUUCUGCUUCAGCUUAUCAAGGUGUUGAUAGUUCAAUAAAUGGCACAUGGGAUAAUUCUAAGGCGGACACGGUGACGAAAUCUUCAUCGCAUAAACAGCUGCCAGGUGAAAGUUCAUCAUUUCAACGAGAUCGGUUAGCCAUGGCUCGCGACAGUUUUCGGCAAUCAGGGGAGAAUAGCAAGUCAGUUUCUGGUAAUGAAAUCGCUGUUGAAUCAAUGUACGCAAAUAAAGCGAGCAGUAACCUGUUGCAAAAAACAGAUUCUACCAAUCUAAGUUUCAACGAUGUGCUUAAGAGAGAAGUGGUCACACACAAACAAGAGUUGUCAGCAAAAACGUUAACCACGGCUACUGCAAAUCAACAAUCCACCAUUUACACAACCAGUUCAAGCGUAAAUUUUCAAGGUCUAUGGGAUCAGAAAUCAGCUUUCAAACCUGUGAUACGUUCCUUAGAAGCUGCUAAAGAUCGUUUUUUCUCCAGCAAUUCGUUAUUCCCACCAUUCUCGCAGACAAAGCAAACUUCUUCCGUAGAACAGUCAGAAAUCAAAUCUACAACAGCAGCUAAUAUCCUUGAUACGAAAAAUGCAUUUACCACUAGUUCCCUAAAAGUAACUUCAAAUAAUUAUAACAGGGAUACUUCUAAUAUUCCUAUAUGCAGUGAUGAAUUUUCUGCUUUGAUUCCACCUCCACCUCCACCAAAACGUUCAUCGAAAUUCUCCACUUCAGAGUUUGAUUUAUCAAGUAUUUCAAGUGUAAAGCAUGACACAUUAAAAAGUUCUCAUCUCUCUUACACAUUAGAUGAAUUGCGAAAUAAAUUUCUACCAAUUAGUGAUUUUUCUGAUAAGUUACCAUCUUCUACGGCCUUCGUCACUAGUACAUCAAAUAAUAUUAUUACUUCUAUUGCCACUAUUGCCCAAACCACUAAUUCUACUACUUCUACAAUUGCUGCUGGACGCACAGCAGGUACUGAAGUGCAUAUUAUUCAUAAUGCCGUUGAUAAAACAGGCUUAGCAAGUCAUUACUCAUCAUCACAACCUUACGAGUCAGAUUAUUCAUCAGCAAUGAAAUACUCAACCCCUGAAUCACAUUAUCGUAAUGAUGACAGUUGUAAUUUAAAUGAUGCAUUAUUUAAUAUACAGAAGUCAACUCAUUUUCAUGAUACUUCAUAUCCUCCAUCGCCUAAAAUAUUCAAGGAGGACUCUAGUGACAUUGCAUUAAGUCAUGAUAAAGGGUCUAAUUUUAGCGCUGAAGAACAUCUAAAAGCAUUAAGAGCUAGAGCAGGUCUAGGACCAAUACCAGGAUAUGAAUCCGUAUCCUUACGCAAUGCAUCUUCAAUGACACCACUUUCAACGUAUGAAUCAGCUUAUUCAUCUGCAUUGCCACCAUACAACGUAUCUUCUUCAAAGCCUGCUUACUUCGACUCAGAAACUAGUCUUCCAAAACCUUCUUAUUCUAUUAACAUAAAUGCAUCUGUUCCGAAAAUUCAUGGCUCCAGCACUUCUACACCAUCUAUACCAUCUUUCAUCUCUAAUUUCAAAUCAGGUCUGUCUGUACCGAUAAGUAGAAUUCAGACACAAUCAGGACUAUCCUUCUCUUCUAGUCAGCCAUCCGCAAUAAUGAAUAAACCUUCAGCUUCAAGUGUGUUUUCCAACUUUUUCUCGUCUGCAGCUUCAAAAGCUCAGACUGUUGCUACUGGAGCUUUAAGGCAAGCAAAUGCUGCAGCUGAUGCUGCGAAGGUGGCUGCUAAUCAGGCUGCUGAACAGUUGGUAGCUCAAGCUAACCAAGUGCAUCAAAGAACUGCAAAUCAAAUGCACCAACAACAGAAAUCGCAAUUGAAACCUCCGGUUCACAUAUCGAGUGGUCAAAAUGAAGCUAAUACUGUGCACAACGUUCCGUCAUCUGUUAAAGUUUCUAGCGAUACUCUAGUAGUUGGUAUCCAGCCAACAGCUUCAGUGAAGAAAGAUGUAUUAGAACAAGAUAUGGGGAAGAUUCAUACAACUGUUCGUGCAGUCACUCAAAGAAAUGAACAAGAUGACCAACAACAACGACGCUGGUUACAUGAACAAACUAUGGAUGCUACUACAGAUGAUGAUUACGAUGAUGCAGAAUAUGUUUACGAACAUAGUCCUAGUGUACAAUAUGAUCAAACUCAGGCUUCUGGAUACGAAGACAACUAUGGAUUCUCUAUAAAUGAAUGUGAUCACCAUGCUGAUAUGAAGAAUGAAUUUCAUGACGCUAGAAGAAGACAAAGUAUUCGUUUACAAGCCCAGUCUAGUUUUGAUCAUAUUGUUCACAGCACUGAGAAUCGUUAUGAUCUAAAUGGUGUAUGCAAGGAUAAUAUUAAUUUGCCAUCUUACAUACCGGAUUUAUCCGAUUUGGAUACUCUACGAGCUGUGCAAAAUCGGGAUAAAAUGAUGAUGGUUGCUGCGACGGGUAUUUAUUCCCCUCUCGCUAAUGGACCAAAUCAACCGGGCUACUUUGAUGAAUUCACUGGCGCAGAAUACAAGGAUGAUGCUGAUAUGGAGAAAGAAUUGAGAGAGGAAGAUAAAAGAUUUAGUCGAACGCGAAAUACCGCUGAUUUUGAUGUUUACGAAAGAUCUGGUCAAGAAUAUGAUAACCAAAAGAUUCGGUCACGUAGAGUAGAUAAAAUGCAGUCUAUUCAGGAUGAGGUGUAUGCUGACAUUGAAGACAGUCAAAUUCAUAGUAAAGCUAACUAUCGAGACGACUUAAUCCGUUCAUCCCGCCGAAGUUCAGAUGGCAGAAUACUUCAUUCACUGUAUUUGUCUUCACUAAGUUCUGACGGUGACUUUAAUGUAAAACAGGCUUUACAAAAACGUCGAAUGUCUCUUGGAGCAACACGUCGAACAUCAAGUGACUGGCACAAAUUUACACCUAAUUUGCAAACACUGGAUAUUCAAGAAGUCGAUGAUAAUGAAGAGAGAUGGUCAGAUGAAAAAGAAUUUGUACAAAAUGAUGUUGAUCGCUUUCAUCGUCUUUCUCAACCCUCCCUUCACAAACAAGAGACACUUGAACAGAAGGAUUUACAGGAAACCGAUCAUCAAAAGGCGAUAACACCUGCACAAAUAACCGCUCGUCAAAGAUGGCGUAAUGCAUUUGAACGCGUGUGUAACAGCCUACAUUCGGAAGGAAAUCUUUUUUCUGCAGUUCUACCUCAUUCUGAUGAUCGACACUCCUCAUUCUACACAAGUAUUGAUAGUAUGCCAGAUAUCCGUUUAAAAAAGAAACCGAAAUCACUCGUUAGCGAUCUAGUCAUUCAAACUAUGGCUGUACAGAAACGUAAUAUGGGUACAGCUAGUGCAAAUUUGAUCACCCGUCAGUCCAUCAACGAUGAAGAAAUGAAACAACAUGUAUACAAGAAAACUUUACAAGCCUUACUAUAUCCAAUAUCAAGUAAUACACCGCAUAAUUUUCAAGUAUGGACUGCCACUAGUCCAACGUAUUGCUAUGAAUGUGAAGGUCUUCUAUGGGGAUUGGCUAGACAGGGCUUACGUUGCACAGAAUGUGGUGUGAAAUGUCACGAUAAAUGUCGUGAAUUAUUGAAUUCAGAUUGUCUACAACGUGCUGCUGAAAGGUCUGCCAAACAAGGUGCCGCUGAUAAAGCUCAAACUAUUAUGCAAGCAAUCAAAGCAUUGAUGUCACAGAGAAUCAAUGAAAUGCCUGAAUUGUUUAAUCUCCUUGGUUUGGUAUUUAAAGUGGAUUGCAAGACUCAUGAGCGUAAUCUGUUACAAGCUGAACAAAGUAUACUAGAUGGCACUAGUAAAUGGUCGGCGAAGAUUGCGAUAACCAUUAAGUGUGCUCAAGGAUUAAUUGGAAAAGAUAAAACUGGAACAAGCGAUCCCUAUGUAACCGUACAAGUUGGAAAGGUUAAGAAGCGUACAAAAACUGUUCCACAAGAGCUUAACCCAGUUUGGAAUGAGAAAUUUUAUUUUGAAUGUCAUAACGCUUCCGAUCGGAUUAAAAUUCGUGUAUGGGAUGAAGACAAUGAUCUGAGGGCUAAACUUCGUUCAAAACUGACUUCUGAGUCUGAUGAUUUUCUAGGUCAAGCUAUCAUUGAAUUACGUACAUUAUCGGGUGAAAUGGAUGUUUGGUAUAAUCUUGAAAAGCGUACAGAUAAAAGUGCUGUUUCUGGUGCAAUUCGUUUAUUCAUCUCAGUAGAAAUAAAAGGUGAAGAGAAAGUUGCACCGUAUCAUGUUCAGUAUACAUGCUUGCAUGAAAACAUAUUUCAUUAUCUGUGUGAGACCAAUAAAAGUGAAGGCAAUGCGGAAGUGAAAUUGCCUGAAGCCUCUGGGGAUGAUGCUUGGAAAGUAUAUUUCGAUCCACCUGCACAGGAUAUCGUCAACGAAUUCGCCAUACGAUAUGGGAUUGAAUCAAUUUAUCAGGCGAUGACUCAUUUUUCAUGUCUAACGACAAAAUAUAUGUGCACUGGUGUACCAGCAACAAUGUCCAAUUUACUCGCCAAUAUCAAUGCAUUUUAUGCUCACACAUCAGCAUCCAGCAAUCAAACAGCUUCAGAACGUUUCAGUGCUAGUAAUUUUGGCAAAGAAAAAUUUGUUAAACUCUUGGAUCAACUUCACAACUCUCUACGUAUCAGUUUAUCAAUGUACCGUAAUUCAUUUCCCGCUUCACAACCGGAUAAGUUGCAAGACUUGAAAUCUACUGUUGACCUAUUGACAAGUAUCACAUUCUUCAGAAUGAAAGUUCAAGAGUUGACCAGUCCUCCUAGAGCCAGUCAAGUGGUGAAAGAGUGUGCUCGCGCUUGUAUGCAGUCGACUUAUCAAUUUAUUUAUGAAAACGUAAAUGAAGUUUACGCGAAACAGUUUCAAGAAUCUGUUUCACAAGAUGAUGGUCCCCCAUCAUUAAAAUCUCUGGAAUUCUGGCAUCGUUUAAUCACCUUACUGGUUUCUGUAAUUGACGAAGACAAAACCACAUAUGCUGCAGUGAUUAACCAAUUUCCACAAGAAGUUAACAUGGGCCAUAUAAGUGCAUUGUGCAUGUGGGAGCGUUUAUCUGAAGACUUACAAAUCGCUCUCGAUGUUCAUGCACGUGCUGAGAUACGUUAUUGUAAAUCAUCUGACUAUAUGAAUUUAUGCUUUAAAUUAAAAUGGUUCUAUAAUAAGCAUGUAGCUAUAAUCCCUUCACAAAAGGAUGUUGUACCUGAAUAUCCAAGUUGGUUCGAAGUAUUUGUUAUGCAGUGGUUGAAUGAAAAUGAUGAAGUCUCUAUGGAUUUUCUACGUAACGCGUAUGAACGUGAUAAGAAAGAUGGAUUUCAACGGUCUAGUGAACAUGCAUUAUUUUCUAACUCAGUUGUGGAUGUUUUCACGCAACUUAACCAGUGUUUUGAUGUAAUUAAGAAACUUGAAUGUCCUGAUCCAAAUAUUCAAGAAAGAUUCUUAAAUCGUUUUGCUCGAACUGUCAGUAAAGUAUUGUUAACAUAUGCGGAAAUAGUCAAAGCUGAUUUUAAAAGUUGGGUGCAUCAACAAGAAACAGCGUGUAUUAUCAUGAAUAAUAUACAACAAUUACGGGUACAAUUGGAGAAAGUAUUUGAAGCGAUGGGUGGCAGUACAUUAUCUGAGGAUACGUGUAAUGCAAUGAAUGAUUUGCAGCAAAUGCUUCAUGCUGUUAUUGAUGAUUUGGCCUCACAAUAUGCUGAAGCGUUGCAAGUACAAAUCGUUCAGAAAAUCAGAGAAUUAAGCAAACUUUUACACCAGUGUCCACCUAGCUCAAAAACGAACGUAGAAACUGAAGCCGAACAUAUAUUACAUCCUCUUAUGGAUUAUUAUGAAUCGACGCUAUCAACUUUAGCAGAUCUAUGUGAAAAGACUGUAUUAAAACGGUUAUUAAAGGAACUCUGGAAGGUCACAAUGCACAACUUAGAGAAACAAGUCGUAUUGCCUACGGUUGCUGAUCCGAGAGCUAUGUUUCUUAACUUGUCAAUUCCUUCAACUGCACAAGCUAAAUUAACAAGUGUAUCACAAAGUUUACUAACGAAUGUAAGCAGUCAGUUACCAGCAAGUCGAAUACUACAAGACAUGUCUAAGGAUGCCGGAUUAUCAGAACGUAAUCUGACACCACGCCAUUGUCAAAUAUUGGAUAUCGCAUUAGAUGCAAUUAAAAAUUACUUCCAUGCAGGUGGAAGUGGACUUAAAAAGGCCUAUUUGGAUAAAUCACCUGAAUUACAAUCAUUACGGUACGCCUUAUCGUUAUACACGCAGACAACAGACGCCUUAAUCAAAAACUUUGUGGCUACUCAGACAUCCCAAGACAAGCCUGCUAUUGAAGAUAGUGUUGGAGAGAUAUCAAUUCAUGUUGAUUUAUUCCGUCAUCCUUCGCAUGGUGAGCAUAAAGUCACUGUAACUAUCAUUGCUGCAAACAACUUGAAAUGGACAACAUCGGGAACAUUUAAACCUUUUAUUGAAGUGGUAUUAUUUGGCCCAUUGUUAAGUGAGAAAAAGCACAAGUUUACAACUAAAUCAAAGAAUAAUGUGUGGUCACCCGUUUUCAACGAGACAUUUACGUUUUUUCUAAGUGCUGGUUCAGACCCUGAAUCGUAUGAAUUACAUAUUUGCGCAAAAGACUACUGCUUUGGUCGAGCAGAUCGAUUGAUUGGUUUGACUGUUUUACAACUUCGAGAUUUAUCAGCGAUUACUGAUUUAAAUUCCUCCCCUACAAUGAAUUCAAGUGGUGCUGUUGGUGGUCGAAAUGCUGCAGGCCAAAGUGGAGCAUGUGCAUGUAUUUGUAGUCUAGGGAAAAGACUACAUCUUGAUGACACUGGAUGGACUAUACUACGUAUACUUUCACAAAGGCCUCAAGAUGAAAUAGCACGUGAAUUUGUUCGUCUAAAAUCAGAAGUUCGUAGUCCAUGUGAAACAGUCGGCAAUACGACUAGUUCUGUCAUGGGUAACUCAUCGAAUGGAUCAGUUCCACGCAGCCGAUAAUCAAAUCUGAAAAACGUAAUACUGCCUUAUAAUACACCUUCCUGUCUACACAAUUCUGGGACCAUGAAAAGUAUCAGUUACCUAGUUAUGAAUAUUGAUACUGUCUUCCUCUUUUUGACAGUUUGGUGCUCAUCACUCUCACAGCUAUAAAUAUAUGUACUCACCAUUGUCAGCCUUAUUCAAUAGAAUAUUUGUUCCUACUAUCCCAAGUGACUAUAACUUUGUUACUACAAGGUAUAAUGAAUAUAUAUCAAUAUUAUCAUAUAACAUCUCAUAAAAUUUUACCCUGCAGAACGUAAUUCGAUCUACACUAUAUGAACUCAUUUACCGGAUACGUAUUCAAGUCAAUAAAGAAGUGAAUAUUAGGCAUUUUACGUCAACCACUUACAAAAUUUUGUGUACAUAGACAAUACGAAUAUGUGCAUGUGCAUAUUAUUAUCAUUUACAUUUUGGUUUCAACUCACUUUUAUUAUUUUUCGAUUUUUAUCAAAAUAAUUAUUUAUCACAACAAUAAUAAUAAUCCCUAGGAAAUCGAAUUAUUACAGCAAUUUCCAUUUAUAUAUAUAUAUAUAUAUAUGGUAAUGUUUUUGGAAUAGUUACCUAAUAAUAUCUUUUGUGUUAUAUGUAGACAACAACUACUCUUUUAAUCAUCAAACUAUUAGCCUGCAUAUAUAUUAUAUUUAUUUUGCUCCUCCGCCUCUUCUUCCCAAGUGAUUUGGCUAAAUUAUUCACUUACUUUUAUCUCUUAUUUUUCAUGAUAUAAAAAAAGCUUGAAGAUUGAAGAAUGUCAAUCGAUAAUCUUGUCUGACUACAUCUGAUAAUGUUGCAUCUAAACUCAGAGGAUAAAUGGAAACACAAACAACAAGAAUGCAAUAUAUUCCUCUUUAUAUUUCAUCUUCUUAAGCAUUCUAAUGCGUCUGUUUACCGUUGGUUUGAUACAAAAUUAUAAUUGUGGCUGUAGUGAAAUGGUACAAAGUGUAUACUUUGUUGUACAUUACUACACUAAGUUUAGAGUGAAAAAGAUGGUAACUUCUUCAAACAUACAGACUGGCUGAUAAUUGAUUACAUCUAUUAUUAUCCCUUUUUUUAUAACUUCUUUAGUUCGUAAAUGUAAUUAUUUAUUUACUUAUUCGGAUUUAUUUUAUGCAUGUAUUAAUAAGAGACUGUGAGAUGGCAAUUGAUGUGAUAUAAUGAAUAUAUAUUCAUUAAUUACCUAUCCUAAAAUAUCAAAAUGAAUUUUUCAUGGCUUAUAUCUAUCUAUCUUUGUAUUGGUUGAAUUUCAAUUCUUCAAUAUUUGGUGAGUUUUCACAUGGUUUGUAC